AACUAAUUCGCGAAGAGCUUCAGGUUCCAACACGGUGAACUAUAUCGGACGGACCGGUCGGCGGAUCAAUGCGCUGUCACAACAGAGCAUGCGCCGAAUGCCCUGUGGUUCAGAACUGUCUGUCUAUAAUAUAUAUAUAAUAUAUGUAUAUAAUAUACUUAACCCCUUAAACGCGUAUGAUAAUGGCUGGAGAAGAGGAGGAUAGGCAGAAGGGCUUCCGGAUGCUGGGUAUCCUGGAUGUGAAGACCCCCUGCGCCAGAGAGGCGGUGCUUCACGGGGCGGGGGGGGCCGUGGUCUCUGGCCUCAUUCACUUCCUCACCACCAGUCGAGUGCGCCGCUCGUUUGACGUUGGUUUCGCUGGCUUCAUGCUCACCACGCUGGGAUCCUGGUGGUACUGCAGGACCGGUCGGGCUCGGCUGCUCGUCCAGCAGAGAGUCCUGCAGGAUGGACUCAAGAACAAGGUGGCCUUCGAAGGAACCAGCAGGGACCCAGGCACCAAGACCCCCAGAGACCCGGGCCAGCUGGGACCCCCAGAGACUAUGAACACCAGAGACCCUCAGAGUCCCUGACCAGCAGGCACCAAGGAACCCCCCCAGGCCCCUUACCAGCUCAGACCCCAAUACCCCCCCCCCCCCCCCCCCCCCCCAAGACCAAGACCCCCAGAGACCCGGACCAGCUGGGAUGAAAAGACCCUCACCAGCUGGGACCCAGAGACCCCCCGGACCCUGACCAGCUGGGACCCAGAGACCCCCCGGACCCUGACCAGCUGGGACCCAGAGACCCUGACCAACUGGGACCCAGAGACCCCCCGGACCCUGACCAGCUGGGACCCAGAGACCCCCCGGACCCUGACCAGCUGGGACACAGAGACCCCCCGGACCCUGACCAGCUGGGACCCAGAGACCACCGGACCCUGACCAGCUGGGACCCAGAGACAAAGCCCCCUGUGACCCUUCUGGACUUGGUCUGUACCUUAUUGACCAGGGAACAGACCCAGUCCAGUGGUGACAGAUCCAGUCCAGAAGGGACAGACAGAGUUGUUGGAGGUUCCCUCCAUGAAUUACAGUGUAUUUAAAUAUUAAAACAUUCAGGAUGUAUGGAAAAUGA